CGAGGCGCCGGUUGCUGGAAGAUGGCGGCUCGGCCACGACAGCCUCGCUCGCGCUGUGCAACGCGGCCUGAGGGUGAUUUUAAUGAUGGCGCUAGGAGGGCGAUUGACGAACCUUCUUUGACAACCUCCAUGGAAUGGGACACGCAAGUAGUGAAGGGAUCCUCGCCUCUAGGCCCCGCAAGGCUGGAGGCGGAGGAGCCUGCCGCUGGCCCGCAGCUGCCGUGGUGGCUGGAGCCCGAGAGGUGCGCUGUGUUCCAGUGCGCCCAGUGCCACGCCGUGCUUGCCGACUCGGUGCACUUCGCCUGGGACCUGUCGCGGUCCCUUGGGGCCGUGGUCUUCUCCAGUGAGUUGGAUGCGGCGUUUGGGAAAGGCGGAGGCGAGCCCGAGGGAGUCACAAAUAACGUCCUUUUGGAAGCGCCCUUCCUAGUUGGCAUUGAAGGUUCCCUCAAAGGGAGCACUUACAACCUUCUAUUCUGUGGUCCCUGUGGGAUUCCCAUUGGUUUCCAUCUAUAUUCUACCCAUGCUGCCCUGGCUGCCUUGAGAGGUCACUUCUGCCUUUCCAGUGACAAAAUGGUGUGCUAUCUUUUAAAAACAAAAGCCAUAGUAAAUGUAUCUGAGAUGGAUAUUCACAAUAUACCUCUACCAGAAAAGAUUGCAGAGCUGAAAGAGAAGAUAAUGUUAACGCAUACUCGCUUAAGUUCACUAAUGAAGAUUCUGAAGGAAGUGACUCUUGACCAGUCCAAGCCAGAAAACUGAUCCAGAACCAAGGCUCAAGUAUCAGGUUCAGGCUUUAUUGCCUUCAACAAUUUGGUCUUUUCUUGAAAAAGACUGGCUUCAAGAAUGGAGGGCAGGGGGGAAAUGUAGUUUAUUAUGUUUGCCACUACACUGAUUUUCCAAAUGAUUUGUGAAGCUGUUUUUAGAUUAGAAAUUAAUAGCUAUUUGACUUAAGAACUUAUUUUAGCUUACCAAUUUCAUAAUACUUAUCUCUGAACACAUCUUUAACUGCAAAUUUAGGAAUUAGGAUGCAAUGUUCUAUGUGUUCUCUGAUCUAAAGUUGCAUGGUUGGUCUGAAAGUAGAGUUGGGUUUAAUGUUGACUACUUGUAUUCUUCCAUGGAGCAGUUGUUAUGAAUACUGAAAAAUCAUUUUUUUCUUAUGUGAAAUAGAGAUACAUAAUACUCUGUAGGUAAUAUUUAAUAAAUUGACUGGAUAAUA